CCGGAGUGAGUGCGUGCGCGUCGUCGGUGCGUUCGUUUUGAUGGAUUGCCAUUUAUGGUGAUCGUGAUCCCCGAGCGACGACGAGGGAGAGAACAUCGGCCAAACAUCACGUCGCUUGCGGUGAUGCUGUAGAACUGCAACGCCGACCGGGGAGGCAAGGAAAAUAGAAGAGGAAGGAGGAAAGACGCUCCGGUCUCGGCGCAAAUAAUAAAAUGUUCGGCAGCUCAGGAUGGUGCCUCGUGCUGGGGCUGCUAGCGGCGAGCCUGUCGGCCUCGCUCGCGCAGGCGAACUAUCCUCCUCCUCCGGAGAAGUUGACCGGCAUGAAUCCGUGCAUCAGUAAACAGACGUGCCACGAGUGUAUACAGACUCCGCACUGCGCUUGGUGCGCAGCACCAAAAUUCCCAGAGAAGAGGUGCUUCCUCCCGAAUAUCAACACCAAAAUAUUCGCGACGUGCCCCCCUGAAUACACAUGGAACCCGGACAACGUCUUCAGCAUGCUGCGGCACCGGAACUUGACGAAGGGCGGUUACGCCGCCGGCGGCGGAACGGGUGGGGGAUACAUCGAGAGCUCGUACUCCAACUUCUCGUCUUCCAGCACGUCUUCAUCGCACUCCCACAAGGAGAGUUGGGGCGGUGGCGGCGGCAGGCGACAAGAGGCCGUGCAAAUGUGGCCGCAAGAAGUCAAUCUGAAGCUCAGGAUAAACGAGGCUUACAGAAUGUCCUUUGCGUAUUCCCAAGCGGAGGAUUAUCCAGUCGAUCUCUAUUAUCUUAUGGAUCUAAGUAAAUCUAUGGAGGAUGAUAAGAAGAAGCUAUCCGAUUUGGGCCAGCUACUGGUCGAGAGUAUGAGCAAGAUUACGAGCAAUUUUCGUUUGGGUUUCGGCAGCUUUGUCGACAAAGUCGUGAUGCCGUACGUCAAUACAGUGCCAAAAUCCCUCAUCGAACCGUGUGACGGAUGCGCGGCGCCGUACGGAUACAAGAACAUCAUGAGGCUCUCUCAAGACACGAGCAAAUUUGCGGGUUUGGUACGCAAUGCGUCGGUGUCCGGCAACCUGGACGCACCGGAGGGUGGUUUCGACGCGAUCAUGCAGGCGAUAGUCUGCCGGAAUCAGAUCGGCUGGCGCGAGAAGGCGCGCCGGCUGCUGGUGUUCUCGACGGACGCCGGUUUUCACUACGCCGGCGACGGCAAGCUGGGCGGUAUCAUCAAACCGAACGACGGCCUCUGUCACCUGGACACCUACGGCACGUACACCCACUCGUCCCUGCAAGACUAUCCGAGCAUCUCGCAGAUCAACCUGAAGGUGAAGCAGAACGCGAUCAACGUCGUGGAGCUGAUCCGCGAGCAGUACGACGCGAUCUCGAGCUCGGUCGAGAUGAAGGACACAGCCAGCAGCGCGAUCAAGGUGAAGUACUUCUCGAGCUGCUUGGGCAACGGGCCGGCGGUCGAGACGUCGAAAUGCGACGGACUGAAGGUCGGCACGAAGGUGGAGUUCAUCGCGGAGAUCGAGGUCACCAGCUGUCCGGCCAACAGAUCGGAGUGGAAGCAGAAGUUUGACAUUUAUCCGGUCGGUAUCAACGAGACUCUCACGGUGAACCUGGAGAUGCUGUGCGACUGCGAGUGCGAGCGUAAAGGCCACAUGUUCGAGGAACAUUCGUCGGAAUGCAACGGCAUGGGCACGCUUAAGUGCGGCGUAUGCGAGUGCUACGACGGAUAUUUCGGCAAGCACUGCGAGUGCAGCUCGAUUCAAGAGAUAGCCGGCUUCGACAAGCACUUCCAAUUGUGCCGUCCCGACAACAUCUCUCUUGUGGAUUGCUCCGGCCGCGGUACCUGCACCUGUGGCCAAUGCGAGUGCAAGGAACGAGAGAAUCCGGAGGAGAAAAUAUCAGGACCUUUUUGCGAGUGCGACAAUUUCUCCUGCGAUCGUGACCAGGGUAAGCUGUGUUCUGAUCAUGGCACUUGCGAGUGCGGCCAGUGCGUCUGUAAUUCUGGUUGGACCGGACCGUCCUGCAAUUGUAGGUCUUCCAAUGAUUCUUGCAUCGCGCCUGGAACCACGAACGGUGUGCUCUGCUCAGGCCAUGGCGACUGUAUUUGCGGUGAGUGCAUUUGCCACGAGGAGGGCAGCAUUCGAUACUCCGGCAGGCACUGCAACAAGUGCCCGACCUGCCCGAGUCGCUGCGAGGAGCUGAAGCCCUGCGUGCAGUGCCAGAUGUACGGCACCGGGAACUACAGCGAGCCGGAGGAGUGCGCGAGGAACUGCAAGGAAUUCGUGCCCGAGGGCGUGGAGACGGUGAUCGUCGACGUUGACAACGACGAGGUGCCGUGCUUCGGCACGGACGAGGACGACUGCAAGUACAACUUCGUCUACUACUACAACGAGACCAAUUGCCUGCAGGUGCGCGCUCACGAGCGCGAGUGCCCGCCGCAGGUCUACAUGCUCGGCAUCGUGCUGGGCGUGAUCGCGGCGGUGGUGCUGAUCGGUCUCGCCUUGCUGCUGCUGUGGAAGCUGCUGACGACUAUACACGAUAGACGAGAAUUCGCCCGAUUCGAGAAGGAGAGGAUGAUGGCGAAGUGGGACACGGGAGAGAAUCCGAUCUACAAGCAAGCGACUUCCACCUUCAAGAAUCCGACCUACGCCGGAAAAUAACGUGUCUCGAAAACGGAGAGGAAGAUAACGUGAGAGAUUUUUCAGGAAAGAAUCGCCGCGACGUGAUGCGAUUUCAAGUAAUUCGCAAGCGAUUGCGAGUGCCGGCCGCGCGCGAUUUAGCGUCUCGUCUCU